AUGUGUGAUGAUGAACACGUGUCGCCAGUAACUUCUGAUCAGGUGCUGAGGUUGUCGGGUGGAGGUGACUGGCAUUGUGCUUAUGUGCUACUCUAUGGGCCGCGCAUAGUAAAGGAAUAUCCGGAACUGAAGGAGGAAAAGGAGAAUAUAGUGGAACAAACGAAAGAAGUGGAAACCAUGCAAACAAACUGA